UAUUCUUAUGAUGAAGUAUUUGGAGUUGGUUGUGUUUGCGUUAUUUAUAAACAAUGGGGUUACUGCAAGGGACAGUUUUACGACCAAUUUUAUUAAACAUUACAUUCUUAAUGAAGAAAAGCCAACUCAAACAAUAUUUUGGGAUCUGUGUUGGGACACGAGUGCUGUGGUGAAAUUAGUGAAUGAAUUAUCUAAAGCUGGGUUUAGGUCUUCAACAUUAAUGGGCAACAAUGCUCCUGAUUAUUUAUUGCACAAUGUUAUUUUUCUUGUUGAUUAUAACUGCCCGAAUAUUGCCGAUAUUAUUUUCAGUGGCACAAGGCAAAAUCUUUUCAGCUCUCCUUUUCGAUGGCUGGUCUUAUCAGGUUCAAAUAUUAAUCAGACUAGUCUAGAUCUUCUUAUGGAUUGCCCUUUAUUGCCAAACAGUGAUGUAGUGUUAGCUGAAAGGGACGACUAUGGGUAUACAAUGAGUGAACUCCAUAGAUCUUCAUCCGCUCAUCCAAUGAUAAAAACUCCAAGGGGCUAUUUCAAUGGAACUUUUAUUGACACUAGACCCCAUAGAGAGCUUUUCCGAAGACGAAGGGACGUUAUGGGGCACCCUCUGACCAUGGCCAAUGUGAUUCAAGAUAGCAACACGACUCAAAACCAUCUGCCAAGGGAAAACAGAUUGGAACUCCAAUUCGACUCGAUCGCAAAGAUUUGCUGGAUGGAUGUGAAGCUAGCUUUUCAAAUGCUGAACGCCACUCCUCGGUACAUCUUCAGCCACCGAUGGGGCUACAAGCAGAACGGGCAGUGGUCGGGCAUGAUAAAUGAUCUUCACACUGGAAAGGCUGAUUUGGGUACCAACUGCAUGAUCAACGACAAAGAACGUCUAAACGUUGUCACUUACACAGACAUGAUGGCUCCAUUCAGAGUCCGGUUCAUAUUCCGCCAGCCUCCUCUCUCCUACGCGUCCAAUAUCUUCUCUCUCCCUUUCUCAACCAGCGUGUGGGUAGCCAUUAUUGUUUGUGCCGUAGUAUCUACCGUCACUCUGUAUUUGGCUAGCAAAUGGGAGGCCAAUCUCGGGGCGGGCCCUUCCCAAUUGGACGGAAGUAUCGGCGAUGCUCUACUACUGACAAUGAGUGCUGUCAGCCAACAAGGGUGCUUUUUGGAACCAAGACGGAUUUCAGGUCGCGUUACGGCAUGGGUGUUCUUUGCCGCCCUAAUGGCGCUGUACGCAGCAUACUCAGCUAAUAUCGUGGUGCUGCUACAAGCGCCUUCCAACUCCAUCAAGACGCUAUCCCAGCUGGCUGCCUCGAAGGUCACGUUGGCAGCCAAUGAUGUGGACUACAACCACUUUGUCUUUAGUCUUUACAAGGAUCCUGUUCACGUUACUAUUUACAAGAAAGUGGAUCCAGAGAAGGGAAAAGGCCAAUUUUACGAUAUCAAUGAAGGUGUCGAAAGAAUAAGACAGGGUCUGUUCGCAUUCCACUCGAUCGUGGAGCCAGUCUACCGGCGCAUCGAAGACACCUUCCUGGAGACUGAGAAGUGUGACUUGGCGGAGGUCGACUUCAUGAACGGAUUCGACCCCUUCGUGCCCGUGAGGAAGGAUUCGCCUUAUCUGGAGUUGCUGAGGGUCGCCUUCAAGCAAAUCCGCGAGGCUGGUCUUCAGUCCGCGCUGGUCAGACGCAUGCAGGUUCCUAAACCGCGCUGCGCUCACAAGGUGUCUGCUUUCAGCAGCGUGGGACUGCUGGAUAUAAAGCCAGUACUGCUGUUUAUGCUGUACGGGACAGCUGCUUCGGUGGCUAUACUGGUGCUCGAAAUACUAACGUUUAAAUUGUAA